AUGGCUUCGGGCAAUACUCCAGCUACAACCGACUACACGAUAGGGUGGAUCUGUGCCCUUCAAGAUGAAUUGGUGGUGGCUGAAGCGAUGCUGGAUGAACGUUACCCAUGCCCCCCGCAGCCACCCAGCGACGAUAACAUAUACACCGUUGGCCGAAUCGCAUCGUAUUAUACUGUCAUCGCAUGUCUCCCUGCCGGUCUACAUGGCACCACAUCAGCAACAAGAGUGGCCGAACAAAUGCAACGGACCUUCUCGGCUCUGAAAUUUACUCUCGUGGUGGGAAUCGGGGGAGGAGCUCCGAGUGAUGACCAUGAUAUCCGACUUGGAGAUGUUGUGGUUAGCCAGCCUUCUGAUGGGCAUGGUGGUGUCCUAAACUACCGGUUCGGAAAGAUAAUAGACGGCGAGGGAUUCCAGUGCACAGGCUUUUUGAAUAAACCACCCCAAAUGUUACUGAAUGCGGUGGCGUAUCUCAAAUCACAACACCGGCUACAUGAAUCCUCCUUGCCCUAUCAUCUGGCUAGUAUGAUACAGCAGCACCAGAAGCUCGGAGAGAUCUUUGAGUACCAAGGCGAGGAGCUUGAUCGGCUAUUCGUUGCAGAAUACUCCCAUGCUAGCGGCAAGGGACAUUGUGACGAAUGUGACCUGACCAAGACAAAACACCGACCCUCACGUGGUAACCUCGACCCGGUUGUUCAUUACGGCCUUAUUGCUUCUGGAGACGUGGUCAUAAAGGAUGCUGUGGAGCGGGAUACAAUUCAACAGCGGUACGGGAUUUUAUGUUUCGAAAUGGAAGCUGCUGGCUUGAUGAAUGGACUGGACUGCCUAGUCAUUCGGGGAAUCAGUGACUAUUCGGAUUCUCAUAAAAAUGAUCGUUGGGGCCCCUAUGCUGCGGCUGCAGCUGCUGCAUAUGCAAAAGAGUUGAUAAGAUCUCUCCCGGUACAGGAGCCAAAGACAUGUGUUCGGCCCCAAUCAAGGUGUGGUAACUCUCAGAUGAUUCCAGUAAAAAGCAAGCUCGAGGUAUCCUUAGACCAACCUUCUCAGUUCGCAGAUGGUUCCGUUUUCGCCUUUUCGAGCCCGGCGAUAGUUGAUAGGCGUAGAGCACUAAUUACCGCAGAUCGCGGGCUUGAAGCCGCCAAGGUAUCAACCAGACUCAGAAGUUCAGGCACGCUUGAUCGACCCAUCUACUUAAAUAUAUAUCCCCGGAACAACCGUUUUUUUGGGCGACGUGAUAUCUUGCAGGCUAUCUCUAAACAAUUAUUUCCCGCUAUGGACGCUACACCGAGACUACAAUCGUUCGCUUUGUAUGGUCUUGCAGGAAUUGGCAAAUCCCAAAUUGCGACGGAGUUCGUGUACAGGAGCAAGAAAAUGUUCCGUGCUAUCUUUUGGGUUUCGGCUAGUAGUACUGAGAAGCUGUUUCAGGGUUUCACUGAUAUUGCAAGGGAACUAAACCUCUCUGAUGGGACAACGAUAAAGAAUCAGCGGGCGAUUGUGAAACUUGUCAAUCAAUGGUUUAUACGCACAGUCGAGCCUUGGCUACUCGUCCUGGACAAUGCGGAUGACCUAUUAAUCAUUAACCAGUUCUGGCCUUCCUCGGAUCGUGGUGCGGUGCUUGUGACAAGCCAGAAUCCUGCGUCUGGGUCCCAACUAGAUAUGGGAAUGGAAGUCAAACCCUUUUCCCCAGAAGAAAGCUCGAUAUAUUUUCGUGAGCAGCUCGGUGGUGUCCGAGUUCAAGAUGAUGAAGCCAAGCAAAUCACUGAGUCUUUUGGGCACCACACCCUCACCAUUAAGCAAAUGGCCUCCUAUAUACGGGAGUCAAAGUGCAGUAUCUCGCAAUUCCGGGAAGCAUAUGCCGACUCUACGAAGCGGCGACAAUUACUGGCGACACCCAAUGAAUUUUCUGCCCCUGGCUAUUCGCACACCACCGCGACGGCAUUUGCAGUUAUAUUUUCAAAACUCAGCAUUGAUUCCCUGUGGGCCCUGGGCAUGCUCUCCUUUUUUGAUCCCGACAGAAUUCCAGAGACACUACUAGAAGAUAAGCAAAAUAGGAUACCUUACUUGGCUGACAUUAUAAGCCGUCAUGGGAUUAUGCGAGACUUGGGCCGCUACUCCCUUAUAGACAAAUUGGAGGACGAACCAAAUCUACGACUUCAUAGAAUUGUUGCCUAUACAAUCGCAGAGGAGUUCGAUUCAGAUGUAGCCAGGGCCCAAGUUGCUUUCCAAAGUGCGGUGGCCAUGCUCCACCAAUAUUUUCCUCUACAGAGCGAAGCACGUAGCCAUAUGAACGAAAAGUGGGGGGAAUGUGAAAAAUACGUACCGCAUGUGCUAGCAUUCAAUGAUCGCUAUUGCAACUUAUCAGAGCAAGUCACUUUAACACUCUCUUAUGACUUUAUUGAACUCCUUUACUGCUGUGCAUGGUAUCUCUUUGAGAGGGGUCGGUUCGAUCUUAGCUUCUCCAUUGUUGGCUCAGCAGAGUCCGCUUACAACCGGGCUGAUCUCCAGGACCACGGCCUGCUGCUGGCUGACCUGUAUAGCCUACAGGCUGACAUACACAACGAACUAACCCAGGCGGAUAAGGCAGUCGAAUUUGCCAAGAGGUCAUUAGAGAUCAAGGAGAAAGCAGUUGCUGCCAAAGUGCUCGACAAACAUCACCCUCAAUUAGCUAACUCCUACAUGGAUAUCGGUGUCUUUAUCGCCGGCACGAAUCCGCUCGGUGCCAUCCGCUUGCAUGAAAGGGCCAUUGCGAUUCGAGAAGGAUCGCCCAAGUACGCAGAUGAUCAGAUGCAACUACUAUCUUUGAAUUACAUGAAUAUCGGUCGCUGCUGGUGGAUGGUGGAGGAAUUUGACAAAGCCACUGCCGCAUACCAGAAGAGCCUUGACAUUAUCAAAAAGCUGGAAGAAGUGACGGGGGCACCUUUUGCACAGAAAUCCUGGGCCAUGUCAGCUCUUGCAAAUGUUCUCAUCGACAAGGGAAAUUUUGACGCCGCGUUUGAUCUCUACGCCCAAAGCAUGAUAGUGCAUCAACUAGUACUUGGGAUAACUCACCACAAGACCGCAGCCUGUUACAACAAAAUUGCCUGGUUCCUACGAGAACAAGGCGAGUACGGAAUGGCAAUCGAUUAUCUUCGGCUGUCACUUAAGAUACAUACAAAUAAACACGCCAUAGACACACGGCCCGAAAUUGCGCGAACAAAAUACCAGCUCGCAGAGGUCUUAUGUGAUGUCGGCCAGAUUGAAGAAGGCAAUCGACUCAAGGCUGAGGCUCAACAACUACGACUCCAGCUCGUAGGGAAGCUACCAGGGGAAGAUGAGUCACAAAAGGCCUACGAUGAACUAGUCGCAUAUUUUUAUCGAUGA